AUGAAGAACCUCAACUGUAAACGAGCAGUCCAAAGCAUCAUCCAACCCCUCAUAACACAUCCCCUCCCCCAACGCACAGCAUGCCACCUCCAAUCCGAGAAACCCACCAGCGAAAUCCUUCUUGAAAGAUCCAUCCUCAACCCAGAACACUCAGAAACCUGCCAGUCCGGCACAGACGAGGAAGUCGGCCGACACAAGUCGCCCUACGACCCGACGCAAACAAAGCCGGAGCAGGAGCAUCUUGCGCUGGAGGAAGAAUACAGACUGGAGGGGGACGCUUUACAUGAUCCCCUCUACAUCAGUCCUGCCAAUAGGGAGUUCAGUUUGAUUCUUGAUCCGAUGGCUGGGAAACAUGCUUUGACGCAUUUGAGGAGUGUGAAGGGUUGGACAAGGAAGCAUAAGGAGGUGCUGCUGAAGACGACGCCUUAUGAGAUGAGGGCGUAUGAUAGUGUUUUCACGGGGGUGAGGAAGCCUACUGGGAAUGUUUAA